AUGAUUACGAGCAAAACCCCGCGAAAUGAAGUCGGAAACAACCUUCUGGAACCUCAUCCUGAACCCAAACCAAACAAAGCGUUGGAGCAGUUUCAGCGGCUCACUUCUAGGUUGAUUCGACGGGAUCAGGUAAGAGUAACAUUGCGAAUAUUGGGAAAGAGUUCAGGCGAAGCAAAAUUUGGUAUCAAAACGUAUCGGAUGGGACAGAAAACAUUGAUUUGUUGUUUUAAAAGAGCCUUUCUACCUGUCGAAAUGUCUUUUGAUACAAAAAUUGUCGCAUUCUGGUCUCUUUUCCACAUCUUUUGUAAGCUAAAACCGGUUAAGAAGUGUUUACAACUUGCUCCUUGUUCACUAAAAGUUUCAAUUUUCAGAAUGCCUUUCAACCGUUGAAAGAUCACCCAAUCUCCCCAGCAGAAAAGACUUCGCCUCCCAAGAAGCUCGGAGGAAUCUGCGUCCUCCGCCGCGACGGGAAGUUCCAAAUCUCCAGAAAGUACUACACUAAAGCGUCAAAGGGAAGGUUGACUUUUUACAAGUGCCGGAAUGGGUCGACCGAGAAGGACACGCUGACUCCAGAAUAUAAUAUCAAUUUGGCGAAGGUAAGAGCGGGUUUCGGCUGUUUUGGCCUCAGAGUUUGAUGGGAACCCCCAAAAUCUAACAUAAAUUAUCCUACAACUUCAGAUCAGCGAGAUUCUGUACAACGAUGACGCGAAGAAGCUAGUUUUGUGUUUACCCCGAGGCCAAUAUCAUCUUCAACCAAUUGCUAAAGAAAAAUAUGAAAAAUGGAAGAUUGCUCUUCAACAACACCGAGCAUUUGGCAAAGCAGAGAAGGAAAAGUAAGCAACGACUGAUUUUUAUCCAAAAAAUGUAUUUUUUUCAAAAAAUCCUAUUUUAGCCGAAGUACUGGACAAAACAAGGCUCAAGAAUCGACCCAGACUGCGAAGUCGAACUCAAUCUCUCUAAAACAAUCAGAAAAAGAGCUUCAAAAUCUUCUCCAAGACCUCAACGAAAGUUUCAAACUCAGUCGGAAGAACAACAGUUUUGAUGACUUUGAAGAAAAGUAAGUGGAAAUACCUCCGAUUAUAUAAUUUUAAGGCUCGUCAAGACAAUGACAAACUUUAGUCAGUUUGUCGAGCAGACCUAUGAGUUUCAACUGAAGUCAACCGAGCUGCUUACUGUCAUCGAAAAACAGGCCAAGGAAUGUCGAGAAAUGAUUUUAAUUUUGCGAAGUGGACAAAAAUAUAGCGAUGGGGAGGAAUGGGACGUGACAACUGGUAAGGAAUUUUAUCUUUAAAGCUACUAUUUCAGUUUUUAUCUACAUAAAAUGACCUCUCCGCAAAAAAUAGCCAACAACUUCUAAGCUAAGCUUUAUCUCUUUUCUAGCCAUCUCAGCAACCCAGUCAUUCAGCGAAUUGCCAGUACAAGCCACUCCACCCAAAACUCCAAAAGAACGAGUCGUGGUAAAGCCUCUGCCAAGCAUUCGUAAGGGAUUACUGUAAUUUGUUGACUAAAGUAAUGUAGACUCGAGACAGAUCCACGUUAUGUCUGACAAAUGAAAAUAAGUGUUUAUGCGGACAAAGAGAGCAAUCCAUAGCUGUAUCAUUUCAGUUGAAGUCCGAGUACAUCCAGCAUUCCAACCUCUCCAAAAUCCCCGAAAAGCUUUGCCUGCGGAACCAAUUUUUGGUGGUUCAAUUCCACUCUCAGCAAUUUUUCGUGCCGCCCUCCCAGUCCAUGCCUUUGAACCUCUUGGAGAUCUACAGGUACCCUCAAAGUAUAAAAAUUUUCACUGUUUUGCCUUGAUCUACCUACUACAAUAUAAUUUUAGGUUUUGGUUGAGUCGAUGAGUUAUGCUGGUCAAUGCCUGAACAAAAUCCAUAGAAUCAAAGACCCAGUGGAUAGAAUGUGCAUGGUCGCGGCCAUGGCAGUGAGCUUCUCUUGUAUUACUUGCCGAAAAAAUCGACGGCCCUUUGGUGCCGCGUUGGGAGAAACCUUCGAUUUCAUUAGCCCCGAUGGAUGGAAAGCGCAUGCAGAGCAGGUAAUUUUUUUAUUUCUGGCUUCUAGAAAGUGCUAACUGCGUGAAACACGCAAACUGUAGGUCUAUAAUCAAACUUCGGCUAUGCACGCUCAAGGAGAAGGUUGGGAGCUCUACAAAACGAUUCAACUCGCGUUUUUCCCAACUUUAACUGGAUCACUGCGAAUUGUCCCGCAAAAUCCCAUCAAGCUGCGGGUUUUUGGGAGUGAUGAAUUCGCGUGGAACCCGGUAAGAAACUGAUUUGACCACCUUUCUCCAUUUUCAUGGAAAUGGAUGAAAGUUUACAAAAUAUUACCAGUAAAAGUUUGCGAUAACUCCAGAUUCCAAUCAUCUGCCAUAAUGCACGUGCCGAAGCCGACAAAAGAGUGGUUAAAACUGCUGGCGACAUCUUGAUAACUUCCACUUCUGGAGUUCAAUGUAAAAUGACCUUUUCCGAGGAGAAAAAUGCAAUUCGAGGAGAAGUAAUUCAUAAUGGAAAAGUUGUCUACAAACUGGUCGGAUACGCAGAUAAAGGUCUUAAUCGGUAGGUAAAACACAAAUAGUGUGAUCUAAAGGUUUUUUACAAAUCCAAAGUCAGCAAUUACAAGUUGCAGGUUAGCCCCUGGAAAGCCUCAAGAGCGUCUCCUCGAAGUCAAGAAGCCCGACAAAGACAUUUACAAGUUCUAUCACAUGAAUCCGCUCUCAAUUACAUUUAAUCAGCUAGAUGAUCAAAUCCGUCCGUACAUCCCGAAAACCGACACUAGACUCAGGGAAGACAUCAGACUCAUGGAGCAGGGUCAUUUCGACCUUGUCGAGAACUCCACUAAGAAGAUUGAUGAGGUAAAUUUUGUAAUACCAUCAAACCAUAGACAUUUUAUCUAAUUUUACACAAAAAUCGAGUCAUUUUUGAUUUGCAGACCCAUAAUUACCGUGCUGCGAAUCAUCGAGCGCUCUGGUUUGAGCCUCUGACUGACCUAGCAACAGGAAAGACUUUGUGGUACACGAACGGCCGAUAUUGGCAGGCAAAAAGCAAAAAGUUUGAGGAUUGGUACAGCAAGAGUUAUAUUAUCCCGCUGAAGCCGGAUAGCUGA